AUGGCCGUGGUCGCCGUUGCUCGCCGCGCUCUGUCCGCACUGCUGCUGGGCCGGAGCCCGGCGCUGCCGCCCGCGCUGCGCCUGCCCCGGCCCGCCCUGGCCCCGGCCCCGCCCCCGCCCCCGCUCCGCGCCGCCCUCCGCGCAUACAGCCAGGUCACAGAUGCUCCGUCCCACGAAGGUCGCCUCUCAGAGCAGGAGCCCGCCUCACCCAAGGCGGAAAGCGACACUGUCUACCUCGUCAGGGCACAAGGAUUCCCGUUCUCGUGCACCGAGGAAGAUGUCCUUACCUUCUUUGAUACCUGCAGAAUUCGGAACGGUGAGAACGGGAUACACUUCCUCUUAAACAGGGAUGGGAGGCGCAGGGGGGAUGCCCUCAUCGAGCUGGAGUCCAAAGCAGAUGUGCAGAGAGCCCUGGAAAAGCACCUGAGGUACAUGGGCCCACGCUACGUGAAAGUUUUUGAAGUGCACGACAGCGAUGUGGAGGGCUUGCUGCGGAACCUGCGGGACGAGUCGCAGGCCAUGAACGACGGCGUCGUGCUGCUCCGAGGCCUCCCCUUCACCUCCACCGAGGAGGACAUUGCAGAUUUCUUCUCAGGUUUGAAAAUAACAGACAUAGCUUUCAUUUACCGGGGAGACAGAAGAACAGGAGAAGCUUUUGUGCAGUUUGAGACUCCUGAAAUGGCGGCCAAGGCCCUGCUCCGGCACAGGGAAUAUAUGGGAAAUAGGUACAUAGAAGUGUAUGUGAGCAGAAAGCACCAGAUGCAGAGGCACGUGCCCUACAGCAAGCAGGUGAUGGCCUAUUCCAGGGUGAGGAGAGAGUAUGAAUCCAUCUCUGAAGACAGGGGCUGGAGAGACACUGGAGGCUCCUAUUCUGAAAGAGAAAUUAAACUGUGCAGGGAAGGAACAGAAAGCUCCAGGAACGUUCUAGAGUCUGAGAACGUCUCAUCACCACCACAGCACUUUGUCCACAUGAGGGGUGUUCCUUCUCAAGCUAGUGCCCAGGACAUAAUAAAUUUUUUUGCUCCACUGAGGCCCACAAGGAUCUUGGUGGAAUAUAACUCGCAUGGAGAUGCCACGGGAGAGGCGGAUGUGCACUUUGAGAGCCAAGAGGAUGCAGUCGCAGCAAUGGCCAAGGAGGGGUCACACAUGGAGAGCUGUGCCAUUGAAUUGUUCCUGAAUGAACAUCCUGAGGGCAACGAGAACUGCUAG